AUGCCGCCGCCCGGACGCCGAGUCCCACCGCCUGGCCACCGACCGACUCGGUCGCAGGAAGAGGCCCUGAGAGCUCGCAGAAUGCAAGGUGAUGGCAACCGCCCGGAUCGUUCUCGACCAUCCGGCCCCACGGACUCCCCACACCGACGCCCACCAGCCGGGAGACCGCGUCGCAACUCGGAAUCAUCAAUUCUGGAAAAGCCAAUGCCGGAGGAGGAGAAGAAGGCUCGCGAGGCCCGACGCCGUGAGCGUGAGCGCCGUCACCGCGAAGGUAAAGACAAGGAGAAGAAGCCUCAACGCAAGCUUGAUGUCAUUGACCAGCUCGACCACACCAGCCUUUUUGGUGGCGGAUUCCAUCACGACGGCCCUUUUGACGCCGUUAACCCUAACCGGAACCGCAAGGGCAGUCGCCGUGCGCCUAUGCAAGCUUUCCCCGAAGACUCGCUCAACAUGUCGCUUGGCGGAUCCGGCCCACUCAACAAGAACCCAGACCACGCCACCUUCAUGGGCAAUGGCACCGAUGAGGCUUUCAAGGAGUACUCUACCGGUGUCAACAAGUACGGGUACAACUACCCAUCGGCCCGCGGCGAGAUGCCCGUCUUUGACCCGAGCGCGCGUACCACGAUGCUGCACGGCGAAGAGUCCCUCGGCCUGGGCACUUCAACCUUCCUUGAAGGCACUCCUGCCACCCGUACGGCAAUCCAGAAGCUUGAGGCUGAGCAGGCCGAACAGGCGAAGAACGACGGAAUGCAGCGCAAGAAGUCCCUAGCCCACCGCAUUCGCAACCUGAACGGAAGACAGCCGCGCGAGUUCAACUCUUCAGGUCGCAUGACCAACCCUGAGGCUGCCUAUCCGCGCUCCCCACCUGACGGCAUGCCUCCCGCGACCACAGGCAGCCAGUAUGGCAGUGAGCGCAACCCGUUUUUCAACGAAUAUGGCAAGGAGGGCGAGACCAUCACAGUCAAGAGGACGGAUUCAGCCGGUCCCCUGUCACCCAUCAGCCCGCCGCCACCUGUGCCCCGACGCGGCUCCGACCAAGGAGGUCCUCUCGAACGCAGGGCCACGAACGAAGACGGCGACAAACCUUCUGGCGGAUUCCUCUCCAGAGUCAAGAGUCUGAAGGGCGGCCGACGAAACCGGCAGGUCUCUGAUAACAUGCCGCCCGGGACUGCCGCUUAG